AGUUACACCUCAAUCCUAUUCAUGCAGUUGUGCAGCUGCGACCGUCAAUGCGACAUCUUAAAUCUUGGAGUUCAAAUAAUAAACACAACGUAACUAGCAAUGUUGAGGAUACAAUUGAAUUAGAAAAGCUUACAGAAGAAAAGCCCUUGGGGCCAUCAAAUAAACAGAAGAAGCAGCUGGGGGUUUCGAGUGAGCAGAAGCAGCAGCUAGGAGUUUUGAGUGAGCAGAACAAGGAUAUUGGAGAGAGUUGGGUUCCGCUAAAGUAUUUUGGUUCAAAGAGUGAUGUCUCAGCCAGAUAUCUAGAGAACAUGGUGGCACAUGAAGGCUCUCCUAUACAAUUUUUAAUGAGCCCGUACGAUUAUGUUAACUCCUUGUGUCCUAGCUCAUCAAAUGAGAACAACAAAACCAAAGGUCCUUCUAGAAGGUUUUUGCUUUCGUUGCCACUGGAAGAUCGGUAUAAGACUUGGCUUCUUGAGGGGCCACCAGUACAUCGGUUCGACGCUCUUAAGCACCUAGCUCCUAGUGACUCCAUUGAAGACGUGUUAGGAGUCCUCCAAAAGCUUGCUCAAUUAGUUCAAGGACUAUGGGUUCCAAAGAGUUCUGUUCUAUAUGGAAGAGAUGGAGGUGUUGAAGCGUUAGCUAGAGAUUACAUUCUUCUUUUGUUCAGCAAAAAUCCCGUUAUCAAUAAUGCACAGUUACCAUCACAGCCUCAACUUGGCAAAGCCAUGAAAGGCAUACUGAAUGUAUUAGCUGUUGAGAGGCCGGCCUUCAAUGAUUGGAAAUUUAAAGAGCCACAAGAUAUGUCAUUCAUAAAACUACAUUCCAAUAUUGUUAAGGAGCAAGAACAAGCCUGGGAACGUUUGGAGAAGGCGAUAACUGAUCAUGUCUUUGGAGGGAGAAGCAGGCCUGGUAUGAAAAAUUCUCUGAAACCUAAUUCAGAUGAUAGGCCUGUAACUUUGAAGAAUUCUAAUAAAGUUGCAUCAAGAAAAUUUAAUGGAACACCCUCUAGAAUGCCGAUGUCAGAUGAAACUCGUGAAGCUCUGCCAAAGGCCCUUCAGAAACUUCUCCAGACUUACAAGGUUUGCAGCUUUCAACAAAUUUGCCAACGCUUGCGGGAAAUGGCAGUAUCUGAAUCAGCCCGUCCGAAGGGAGUUGCUAGAGAGGCAAUAGCUGCAGCAAAUGGUGUUGAUGCUCCUCCGGAGGAGCUUCUGACAAUCAUUAGUCAAGUUGCUAUAAAUAUCCAUGAUGUCUUUGUUUUAAAGUCAUCCCUAGACCACCCACAAUAUGAUGAAUUGAGGAAAGUUGUUAUUGAUCUUUUUAUUGCUGAAGGGCGUAAUGCAAAGCUUAAAAAGGCUGCUAUUGUUGAAGCUGCCAAGAUGCGACUUAAUAGGGAGAUAACUCCCAAUGAAUAUCAAAAGGUCUUAAGUGAAUUAUGUGUAUCACAAGGUUCUGCAUGGGUCCUGAAAAGCGGUGAUGGAAAUCCAAAAUAGUUGGUACUCAGUUGGGCCCUAGGUGAUUUUUGAGAUUUGUGCUAAAUUGUGACAUUGCUGCUAAUUACUUAGCGAUGUGGUCUGCUCCUUGAUGUCUACUUAUCAAAACUUUGUGGUAAGGUCAUGGAUCGAGAGUUCGUGUGUGACCUGGAAAGAAAAAAUCAGAUCGAGAGUUCAUGGAUCCACUUAGGAUGCUGAAGGAGGAGUCAUGACCAAUCAUGGACUGUGGUAGGAGUCGCUCGCACAUUGUUAUCCUUAUUCAACAGCAGAAUUAAAGAAGACGGAUAGUGAAGGGCAGAAGAGUUUCACUAGUUAGAUGAUGAAGUAAGAAAAGCUUAGGAUUACCCAACUUCCUUUUCUUUUCUUUUGUACCUGGGGGUUGAUUCUGUACGUUGUCUCUAUUUCACAUAACAAUACUUCAAUUUUGAGUGGAAAGCUAUUCGUUGGCUUUGGGGAGUUUUUUUCUUCCUUGGUCACCCUGUAAUUCUAUUCACACCAAUCUUAUCGUAAGUUUCGUAAGAAUAACCAGUUUUCUAUUUAUCAGUG